UAUUGUAUGUGUUUGUUGUGUGCCGUUAAAUGCCGAACAAAAAACGUGUGCUGUGAUUAUUGCAUUUAUUUUUAAGAAACAAAUUUGUAUUAAUUAACAAAUUCAAUAAUAAUUGAGUGCUUUACAAAUUUUUAUAUACGUUUUACAAAAUAUUGUGGUGAAUUUUUAAUUUUUCACUAUGAGUCAACCAAGUUCGCCAAUUCGUUCAGAUCGUUAUCGAGAUGCUUUAACAUCACCAGCUCCCGAUAUUGAUGAACCUUUUCCAGAUGAAAGUGAUUUAUUGGGAGAUGAAAAUGAUAUUCCAAAUGAAGAAGAUGAAGAGGGAGAAGAAUUGUUUGGCGAUAAUAUGGAAGCCGAUUAUCGACCUAUGUCGGCUCUCGAUCGUUAUGAUCCGAAUCUCAUGGACGAUGAUGAUUAUUCCGAAAUAUCACAAGGAGAUCGAGCAGCCGCUGAAGAUGAGAUGAAAAAACGAGAUCGUGCCGCUGGAAUUAUAAGAGAUGACAGAGAUUUAUUUUAUGAGGAAAGUGAUGAUGAAUUAAUGCCAUCACAUAAGAGACGAAUGGCCGAAAAAGCAGCCGCUGGAGAACUCGAAGAUGCGGAGAUGGUCGAGUCAAUUGAAAAUUUAGAAGACACGAAAGGCCAUUCGGUGAAAGAAUGGGUAUCAAUGUUGGGACCACGCACUGAAAUUGCAAAUCGAUUUAAAAAUUUUUUGAGAACACAUACAAAUUCGAAGGGACAACAUAUGUAUAAGGAGAGAAUUCGACAAAUGUGCGAAAGCAAUCAGUCGAGUUUUAUCGUUGAAUUUCCAAUUCUCGCGAGUAAGGAACAUAUUUUAGCUUAUUUCUUACCUGAAGCUCCAUUUAAAAUGUUGGAGAUUUUUGAUGAGGUUGCAAAAGAAUUGGUAUUGACAAUUUUCCCAAGUUACGAACGUGUUACAAGUGAAAUUCAUGUAAGAAUUUCCGAAUUGCCUUUAAUUGAAGAAUUACGAACUUUCAGAAAAUUGCAUGUAAAUCAAUUGGUAAGAACUCUUGGAGUUGUAACAGCAACGACAGGUGUAUUGCCACAAUUAUCAGUUGUGAAAUUUGAUUGUAAUAAAUGUGCUUGCGUUUUGGGACCUUUUGUACAAUCGCAAAGCACUGAAUUUAAACCUGGAUCAUGUCCACAGUGUCAGAGUACUGGACCAUUUAUGAUUAAUAUGGAACAAACAUUGUAUCGUAAUUAUCAAAAGAUAACAGUUCAAGAAUCACCGGGAAGAAUUCCCGCGGGACGAAUACCGCGUAGUAAAGAUUGUAUUUUAUUAUCGGAUUUAUGCGAUCGUUGUAAACCCGGUGAUGAAAUUGAUGUUACUGGAAUUUAUACAAAUAAUUACGAUGGCUCUUUAAAUACAAAUGAAGGUUUUCCGAUAUUUUCCACAGUUCUUCUUGCAAAUCAUCUUCAUGUGAAAGAUUCAAAGGAUAUUGUUGCCUCAUUGACGGAGGAAGAUAUAAAUAGUAUUAGAGAAUUGAGUAAAGAUCCAAGAAUUACCGAUCGAAUUGUUGCAAGUAUGGCGCCAUCAAUUUAUGGACACAAAUUUAUAAAACAGGCAUUGGCAAUGGCAAUUUUUGGCGGUGUUUCGAAAAAUCCAGGAAAAAAACACAAGGUGAGAGGAGAUAUUAACGUUCUAAUUUGUGGUGAUCCUGGAACGGCAAAAUCUCAAUUUUUAAAAUAUACAGAAAAAAUAGCACCGAGAGCAAUUUUUACAACAGGUCAAGGUGCAUCGGCCGUUGGUCUUACUGCUUAUGUGAGACGUUCACCGCAAACAAGAGAAUGGACAUUGGAAGCUGGAGCUUUAGUUCUAGCCGAUACGGGAGUUUGUCUCAUUGACGAGUUCGAUAAAAUGAACGAUCAAGAUAGAACAUCAAUUCACGAAGCCAUGGAACAGCAGACAAUUUCUAUUUCGAAAGCCGGUAUCGUGACAUCACUUCAAGCUCGAUGUUCAGUAAUUGCAGCUGCAAAUCCCAUUGGCGGAAGAUACGAUCCCAGUAUGACAUUCUCAGAAAAUGUAAAUUUAUCAGAUCCAAUUCUUUCGCGUUUUGAUAUUUUGUGUAUUGUAAAAGAUGAGAAGGACACAAAUGACGAUGAGAGAUUAGCAAAAUUUGUUGUCAAUUCACAUAUUAAGCAUCAUCCAAAUUAUUCCGACGACUCCGAAGUACUUGAUUUACAAACUCCCACCUCUGAUUUGCCAAUACCACAGGACCUUUUGAAAAAAUAUAUCGUUUAUGCAAAACAAAAUGUCCAUCCAAAAUUAACGAAUAUUGAUAAUGAUAAAAUUGCCAAAAAGUAUAAUCAACUUCGUCAAGAAAGUUUGGCGACAGGAAGUCUUCCAAUUACUGUCCGACAUAUUGAGGCAAUUAUAAGAAUGUCAGAGGCAAGUGCAAAAAUUCAAUUACGAGAUUAUAUUCGCGAGGAGGAUGUUAAUGUUGCUAUUAAAAUGGUUCUGCAAAGUUUCGUUGAGACGCAGAAAUAUUCUGUAAUGAAGAGUAUGAUGCAGACGUUUAAAGCUGAUCUUAAUUACAAUGAAGAUCAUAGUGAUCUUUUGUAUCACAUUCUGAGGGGAAUUACUCACGAUCAUCUUGCUUUCCAACGUGCAAUGCAUGGAAGUCGCGUCACUACAAUUGAAGUAUCAGAAAAGGAACUUCAAGAUCGGGCGAGGCAAAUAAACAUUCACAAUCUCUCAUCAUUCUAUGAAAGCGAUAUUUUCAAAAUGAAUCAUUUCACAUACGAACCAAAACGAAAAGUAAUUAUUAAUAUUCUUCCCGCCAUUGAUUGUGACUAAUCCUUUUUUUUAAAAAAAAGGAAUUACAUAUUUUUCUAAGAAAAACUCAAUUUUUUUUACUCUUUCAACAUGAAAUUAAAUCAUAUUUAUUAUUAAUUAUUGUUUUAUAGUCGAAAAAAAAACUAAUCAGAAUGUAAAAAAAUGUAGUAAAAGUAAUUCGAUCAUGAAAAAUAGAUUUCUUUUUUAUUUAAAAAAAAAAAACGAAUGUACAAUUAUAAAAAAUCAUUUACUUAAAUUACAAAAUUUUUCCUCAUUGAAUAAAAAAGAAAAUUUCUUAAAUUA